AUGAACUGGAUGACUAGCGGAAGACAUCGUGCACUGUAUUCACAACGUGGACGACGUCGACAGAUGCACUUUCCUUCACAAGUUCAACGCGAGCGUAUAAAGCCCACGAGCCCUCCUGAAAGCUCGUACCCAGUAAGAAACGCACGUGACUCGUCAACACCAUGGUACAUUGUUUCAGUUGGAGAUGAGAAUGAGUCACAAGAUAUCCGUGUGUUGACGCUGGAACGGAAGGGGGCGAUGAACGACACUGAAAUUACGGCUCAAGACAAGGCCAAUGAGGCGAACCUUGCCACGAAGGACUGUACAAGCGAAGAUGCGGUACGAUCGAGCCCGAGUCGGACGAGAAGCUGUGGACAAAAUGAACAAGAUGUUCAUGACGGAAGAAAUGAAAGCAAGUGUAUCUUUACUCCUGUGAAGAAGGCUAGGAAGUAUGAGGUACCGCUGGAUGCUGUUCUACGAAUACGAGAGGCACGUAGUGAAAGACCACCAUCAUCGAUUGCCUCUGGUGUCGACAUGCUCUUUUUUAAUGACGGUGAAGAGCUACCACUCAAGACAAGAGGUCAACAUGUAAAGCACGCAUCUAUGGACCCAGGUUCGUCAGAAACACGCAAAAGAAGCUCAUUCUCGCAGCAGUUCAAUGGAAAUGGGACUCAAGAUUGCCUCAGAGACAUGCACCAGCUGCAGCUCCAACAAGGCGGUAUAGACGAAGACUUUGACAACAAAGGAGUCUUCAAUCGACAAGGAUGCGAUGACGAGCAGCAAUUCUUUGACAGCGUACAUGACCAGCCAGCAUUUUUUGACGACACGAGUGAAACAAGUUCGCGAGAGUUUCAACGUUGGAAGGUCGAUUCCAAUUCGUAUGCAGACUUUGGUCCAGUCUUGCCAUUCGAUCGCAAGGACAGCACGUCAUUCAUGAGCACUAGCGAACGUCGUGAAAAAGUGCAUGGCACGCCGCCAUCAAGUCCAGUUGACGUCUCGCCGUUAUCAUUUAGAAUGAGUCGAGCAGAAGUGUUGCAGUCCCAACUCUCUACCACAGCUCACAAUGCGACUCACGAUCCCGUCAAACAUGAGAUGACCUGCACAUCGGUUCUGCACCCGUCGCCAUCUCCAUCAACAUCGGCAUCGUCGCAGGGCAGCAUUGUGCUUGACCGUCCUCCGCUUGGCUGGCAAAAGAAGAUGAUGCUGUCAGUGAGAGAAGAUGAAACCGAGCAGCCGGAGCAUGGUCUCGGUAGACAAGAUUCAUUAUCGACAGAAACGAGUACCUCAUCUCCUACAAAGGUUGUCGGUCAAAAUCAGAACAAUCGCGGCCCGCAAAGACUUCCGUUCAAAUCAUCGCCUUCACCAAUAAGCUCGACAGGAAGCGACAGCGAAAACUCGCUCUUGUCCGCAGUAGUCCCGGCCAAUGCAAAAGAGCACAUCAUGGCGGCUGCAGCUUCGCAGCAACUUUCUCCACAUUCAAGAAUGUGGUGCCAGCGACCAGCCAAAACAAAGCUCGGCAAAAGAAAUAGCGCAGAUGAUGUUUUCAGCGGGAAGAGCAUGACAUUCCAGCAGGCAUGGGUCAUGUCGUCGCGCACGAAGACCAUCCUGGAUGCGGUCUCAUCGUUAAAUGAUCCGUCUAUGGAAAAUGCGACGGAAGAGCCCAAGACCAAAUAUCAAGAAAUGGAAAGCGUUGCAGUCUAUAUGUACACUCUGGUGCAGUGCUACAAGAUUGACGAGAGCUUUCGUGCUGACAGACCCAAGUUGCCAGUUGUUGAGCACGCUUAUCUUAGAUGCAAAGCUUCUUCACCACCCGCUUCCAUUACUCGGACGAAUCAAUCAGCCUGUCGACGAGAGAUCAUCAUCUCACCAAAGCAUGCGGAUUAG